ACCAACUAUUGGCUUUCUCUCUCUCUCGUUGCGUUUCUCCUUUCACUGCCAUAUUCUAAAGUUGUCCACCCUCCAUCUCCAACCCUUGCCUUCUUCACACCCAUCAUUCCAAACCAGCAGGUACUUCUGGAGGGCGUGCACGCGGCACCAUUCUUUGGGCGUGUGCCAACCCUUCCCCUUCACUAUGGCACUACUAGUCCUCACUUCUUUUAUAAUUUCAUUCACAUUAUUAUCAUUUAUGAUUGUGAUGAUCAGUGCUUCAGACACAGAAUCUCUCCUCAAAUUCAGAGACUCCCUUGAAAACAACAACGCGUUGUUGUCCUCAUGGAAUGCAUCCAUCCCUCCAUGUUCAGAUGAUGAUGCAUCAUCCCACUGGCCUCACGUUCAGUGUUACAAGGGACACGUCUGGGGUUUGAAGCUGGAGAGCAUGAGGCUCAAAGGUGUCAUUGACGUCCAGUCCCUCCUGGAUUUACCGUAUCUCAGAACCAUAAGCCUCAUGAACAAUGACUUCGACACUGCAUGGCCUGAAAUCAACAAGGUUGUGGGUUUGAAGACCAUUUUCCUUUCAAACAACAAGUUCUCCGGGGAGAUUCCGGCUCAGGCUUUUCAGGGCAUGCAAUGGUUGAAGAAGAUUCAUUUGUCAAACAACCAGUUCACAGGUCCUAUUCCAACUUCCCUCGCAUCCAUUCCUAGGCUUAUGGAGUUGAGGUUGGAGGGUAACCAUUUCACCGGCCCCAUUCCCAAUUUUCAACAUGCAUUCAAAUCAUUUAGCGUAGCCAAUAAUCAAUUAAAGGGAGAAAUACCAGCCAGCCUCCAUAACAUGCCAGCUUCAUCUUUCUCUGGUAAUGAAGGGGUAUGUGGAACACCGUUAAGUGCAUGCUCCUCCUCCAAAAAGAAAUCAACCGUGAUUUUUGUUGUGGCUGUGGUUCUUGUUAUUUUUGGACUGAUAGUGAUUGGAGCAGUAAUAUUGUUAGUCCUGCGUCGUCGAAGAAGAAAACAAGCUGGGCCAGAAGUGGCUUCUGCGGAAGAAGCAGGGUCAGAUAAAGGAAGUAGGAUGUGGAUGCAUAGUAGCUCCUCGAGCCACGGCAAGAGACGCUUCAGGUUAUCAUUUAUGAGGGAUGAAAGAGAUGAUUUUGAUUGGCGGGAUCUGCUGAAAUCCUCAGCAAGGAUUUUGCGCAGCGAUGGUUACAGCUCUUCCUGCAAGGCUGUUCUGUUGGAUGGGACUGAGAUUGUGGUGAAGAAAUUCACGCAGAUGAACAAUGUAGGGAGGGACGAGUUUCGGGAGCACAUGCGACGGAUUGGAAGCUUCAAUCAUCCUAAUCUCCUUCCUCUCGUCGCCUACUACUGCAUAGAGGAGGAGAGAGUCUUGAUUACCGACUUUGUUCCCAAUGGAAGCUUGGCUGCUCGCCUUCACGGAUCCCAACCUGUAGGACAAGCAAGCCUGGAUUGGGGAAGCCGGUUGAAGAUAGUGAAAGGCAUAGCAAAAGGACUUGAGAAUCUGUACAGUGAGAUGCCAAGCCUAAUUGCGGCACAUGGGAAUCUAAAGUCCUCCAACGUUCUUUUGAGUGAAUCUUUGGAGCCACUCCUCACAGACUAUGGGUUGUUACCAGUGAUAAACCAGGACAGUGCUCCUAAGAUGAUGUUCAUCUACAAGUCCCCGGAGUAUGUGCAGCAUGGCCGCAUCACAAAGAAGACUGAUGUGUGGAGUCUUGGGAUACUCAUCUUGGAGAUUCUCACUGGCAACUUCCCUGAUAACUUUCUACAAGACAAAGGAAGUGAUCAACAGAAUUUGGCAAAUUGGGUGCAUUCACAAGAGUGGACUAGUGAGAUGUUUGAUAAGGACAUGAUGAUGGAGACAAACAAUAACAACAGCGAGGGGGAGAUGAUCAAGCUUUUGAAGAUUGCAUUGGCAUGCUGUGAAUGGGAUGAGGACAAGAGAUGGGACUUAAAAGAAGCUGUACAAAGAAUUCAUGAGGUCAACGAGGAGGACGAUAAUGGCCAUGACUCAGAUGGCGAAGUCACUAUCUCCAUAGAAUAAGGCUUGCCAAUUCAUCAUUCUUACUUGGAUUUCGUUUCUCCUCUCUCCCCUCAAAGAAUAUGCCACGGCAUGAAUGAAGGGAAUGGAAUGCAUGCAUGCAUGCAUGCAUGGAUCCAUCGUCCACGUAACAUUAUUGGGUUUCUAUGUUUUAACCUGAAUUUUUCCCAGUACUGCAAGGUGCGGCUAUUGGAAAUUUUGAGGGCAACAACAAAAACCUCAGGCCAAUCAUGUGAUGAGAUAGAUUUUGAGGUUGAAUACUUGAAUUAAUCAACUCCUUUUUUUAGCUGAUUAAUAUUUAUCUUGGCAUUUGCAUUGCCUUUCCACAUCUCUAUUUCGCUUAGUACUUAAUAUCUAUAUCCUGAU